CAGAAGUUUUCAAACAACACUAGCUAGCAAGCUAGCCGUUACACAUUUCUUCUGCUCAGGGAUCUACAGGGAUUUGGGGUAUUUUUGGCUAGUGGGCUAGUCUGUUCUUAAACAGCCAGCGAUGUCAGCCAGCUCCAAGAGGAGGAGAGCCACCUCUCCCUCCAGCAGCGUCAGUGGAGGGGGCGACCUGGACGAGACCUCCUCCUCCACGCCUGGAAGCGGCAGGAAGAGAAGACGCACCUCCAAUGCUGCUCCUGUAGAUACGAUUGCUGUAUGCCAUGAGCUCUUCAAUGCUGUCAGGGAUUACAAGGAUGACCGGGGGAAGCAACUUUGUGACGUUUUCCUAAGGGUACCAAAGAGAAGGAAUCAGCCUGAUUAUUAUGAAGCGGUGUCCCAGCCGAUGGAUAUGACAAAAAUUCAAGCUAAACUGAAGUCUGAAGACUAUAAUGAUGUGGAGCAGCUUACUGGAGAUUUCAGGCUCAUGUUCAACAAUGCAAAAUCAUUCUACAAGCGUGACACUGAGGAGUAUCAGUCUGCAAGCAAGUUGUGGGAGGUGUACUUGCAAACAAGGAAUGAUUUUCUGCAAAAUGAGGAUGAUGAAGAUGGUGAUGAAAUGAUGGAUACUCCAGGAAUGUCAACGGAGGAAGAGACUCCAACUGGCAAUUUGAAGGAAGUGUUGGAGCAGCUCUUGGAGGCUAUAGUGACCCACCCUGAUCCCGCGGGGCGUAUGGUCAGCGAACUGUUCCAGAAACUGCCUUCCAAAGUGCAUUACCCCGACUACUAUGCCGUCAUAAAGGAGCCAAUAGAUCUGAGAUCCAUCACUCAAAGGAUACAGAUUGGAUACUAUAAAAGUAUCAAUGCCAUGGCCAAGGACGUCGACCUGAUGGCCAAAAAUGCCAAAAUGUACAAUGAACCAGGAUCUCAGGUUUUUAAGGAUGCUAAUACCAUAAAGAAAGUCUUCAUCCAGCGGAAGACUGAUCUUGAACACGCAGAGCCGACUAAAUCCAGUGUUCGCAUCAGGAAUCGCAGGUCUGGCCAGGGGGAUCGACUUUCAGGCGUCAGCGUAGCUCUUAACUACGGCUCAGAGAGUGAGGACGACCCCAUGCUCUCUGGGUCUGUGUGCUACGACGAGGGAGAGUCAGAGGCUGAGAGUCAGAGUUCUAGUAUGGAGAUGAGCAACCCAAUCUUCCAGCUGUAUGAAGCUGUGAGGGGGGCCAGGAACAGCCAGGGCCAAGUCUUCUCUGAACCUUUCCAGCACCUUCCCUCUCGCAGGGAGUAUCCCGACUACUUCACGCAGAUCAAGCUGCCCAUCGCUCUGACGCAGAUCCGAGCAAAGAUGAAGAACCUCGAGUAUGAAAAUGUGGACCAGAUGGAGACUGACCUCAAUCUGAUGUUUGAGAAUGCAAAGCGCUACAACAUGCCGAACUCCAGCAUUUACAAACGGGCCUUUAGGCUUCAGCAGAUCUUGCAGGCGAAAAAGAGGGAACUCCUGAGGAGAGACGAUGAGGACGGAGACAGCAUUCUGUCAUCUGAUGCAGGGAGCGUCAAGAGAAAGAGCCACAAGAAAAAUGUGAAGAAGAACCGAAUGAAAACCCUGUAUGCUGCAGUGACUGAGGCUCGGGAGGUGGGAACCAAUCGCCGUCUCUGUGAUCUGUUCAUGGUCAAACCAUCCAAGAAGGACUACCCUGACUACUAUAAAGUCAUCCUGGAACCCAUGGACAUGAAGACCAUCGAGCACCACGUCCGCAGUGAGCGCUAUGCCACAGAGGAGGCUCUCAUGGAAGAAAUGAGGUUGAUGUUCCGAAAUGCCCGGCAUUACAAUGAGGAAGGGUCUCAGGUUUACAAUGAUGCUGAUAUUCUGGAGAAGAUACUGAAGGACAAGCGUAAAGAGUUGGGACCUCUGCCAGAAGAAGAGGAUGUGGGAUCUCCCAAACUGAAACUGAGAAAAAGUGGUGUUUCUCCAAAGAAGUCCAAAUACCUCACCCCUCUCCAGCAGAGGUUAAAUGAGCUCUAUGACGCCGUGCGCAACUUCACCGACCGCAGAGGCCGCCGUCUGAGCACAAUCUUCCUGCGCCUGCCAUCUCGUGCCGAGUUGCCUGACUACUAUGCUACCAUCAAGAGACCCAUCGAUAUGGAGCGCCUGCGAAGCCAUAUGACGGGCGGCCGUUACCAAGACACAGAGGCCUUGGUGGAGGACUUUUCCCUCAUGUUCAACAAUGCCUGCAUUUACAACGAGCCGGAGUCUCUGAUCUACCGCGAUGCUCUGGUGCUGCACCGGGUGCUGCUGGAGACACGCAAACAACAGGAGGGGGGCGAGGACUCGGUGCCCGCUGCGGUGGGUCCUCUGGUGCGAGAGCUGAUCCGGAACCUGUUUGUGUCCGUGAUGGGCCACCAGGACGAAGAGGGCCGAUGCUACAGUGACUCUCUGGCUGAGAGCCCCGCUGUGGAUCCAGCAGCCCCCGAGAAACCACCGCUUAACUUUGAUGUCAUCAGGAUGAACGUGGACCGAGGCCGCUACAGGAGGCUGGACGUGUUUCAGGAACACAUGUUCGAAGUGCUCGAGAAAGCAAGGAGGCUACACAGGUAUAUUUGA